AUGGAGGAGAGAGGUGCGCGUGUAUCUGUGCUACCGCGAAUGAUUGAGGUGGUGCGGGACAGGAAGAGCGGAAUACAUUGUUGUUGUUUAGAGGGUUGUUUACGGGUGAGUCUCAGUUAUUGGGUAGGAAAGGGUAAGCAAAGUAACACAUACAGCACAAGGCUGCUAUUAUUGGCAUAUAAGCGGGCAAGGAAGGAGGAGGAAGGUGUUCGGUCGUUUCAGUGUGCCCUCUGUACCAGUUCGGGUCAAGCGCCGGUCGUCGAACCCCUUCCUACGCUGUCGGUAGACACACACUUUUAUUUCCUCUUCUCACAUCUCAGACAUAUAAUUCCUCCUCUUAUUCCUUCUUCACCUCCUAUUAUUAGAAAGAAGUUAAAAGAGACUGACCAGACAGGGUCAUUUGAAGCUUAG